CAGAGAUGGCAGAAUAAAAGAAAACUGAGUAUUAGACAUCUGGUGAGCUGCAGGAAGGGUUGGGGGCGAGGCUGUGUAUAUAUGGCUAAAAGUGUUUGCAAGACACUCCGCCAUGCCACUGGGAUCACUAACUGUUGACCCGUGCCCCAUCAGGACGUCAUUGUCUCCAGUCGUGUGGUCCAGUGAGUCACCGCUCUACCGCACGACAGUGACCCCAAGGAAGUCCCGGUCCACAGCAGGGAUGUGGCCACCCCUGGCCACAGCCCCAAGUGUUCCCUGGUGGGCCAUACUCACUGAGCUCCUCCUCCUCCUCCUCCUCCUCACCCUGCUGCCGUGGAAGGACAUGAAUGAACCCUCAAACCUCUGGUCCAGGAGUCACCACAGCUGUCAGCAGAACAACUUGGAGCGUCCGCCCUUCCUGCCGCCAGUGGUCAGAGACUCUCUCUUCUGCCACACGGUCUGCAUGUCGGCAAGGCACUACAUCGGACUCCACUACAACCUCCACAACCUCUACGGACUGUCAGAGACGAGUGCCACCAACGCGUAAGUCUAUGAUGCUCAGAGUUUUAGGUGCAGGGAGGGAUAUGCUCACAGUAAGUUUGUGGUAUGCAUUCAGUAUGGGCACAGUACAUUAGUGAUGUGCUUGCAGCAGAGCUGGGCACUUCCGAUCAUCAGUCCGAUCGUCCGAUCUUCCGAUCUGAUCGGAACAGCAAUUGGCGAUCGGAAUGCAAAGAUUGGAUCAUCUUUGUAAAAGGUAAUCGGACUGUGGAGAUCGGAACUUCACAAACUAACUUCCGAUUACCAAUCACAAAAAGAAAGUGGUCAGCGUUGUCAUGGCAACAAGUGACUGCGGACUUCUUACAAUUAUUUUUAUACACGUUGCUAAAUAGCUACUUCAAUAAGCGUCUUUAUUUAUAAAAUUAAGCGAUAAUUAUUGAUCGUUAAUUUAUUUAAUUCUGGUAAGGUAUCGCGAACGAGACGCGCAGGCGCA